AUGGGUUUUGUUGAGUUGCAAAAUGGUCUUUGUAAUAACAUUCAAAGCUACAUUUUGAAAAGGGUGAGCAAUCUUUUAUACAGAAUUCCUGUGCAAGUAUUUGGUGGGUUAAUACAGUUUCAAAUAAUACCCAUCACUGACGAUGCCAGUAUGCAGCAGAUGUUGUAUAUUUAUCAACAAACCCGAUCUCACAUGCCGAUGAUAGAGCUGUACGUUGAGUUUGAACAGCAGUCGGGGAUGAGUAUGGUCGACGAUGAGAUCAAUAUUGAUGAGCUCGGGGAUAUAGAUUGGGAAGAAGAUAAUAAUGACAGUGAAGACGAAUUCGAAGCUAACUAUGAAGUCGAUGAAGAAAACGAUGACGGAGACUUGGCAGGCAAUCCAGCGGUGCAAGAUGAAGCAAAUGCGAUUGUAAGCCAGCACCCGUUUGGUGAUCCGUCUUUUAUGCAGACUCUAGAUCUCGAAGCCAUGCAUGCUCCAGAAUUUCCUGAGUAUGCGAAUACAGGCAACGUUGCGGUGGAAGAUGGCGAGUUUAGUGUCGGAAUGAAAUUUAGUUCGAGAGAGUCAGUUAUAUCUGCAAUCAAAAGCUACACCAUCUCUAGAGGAGUUGAUUACACUGUGUAUGAGUCUGAGCCGCAGACAUUCUAUGCGAAAUGCAAGGGGUAUGGUGCAGGGUGCGACUGGCUUAUCCGAGCUAGUUUGAUUCGAAAAAAAGCUUGUUGGGAAAUCAGGAGAUACAAUGGCAAGCACACGUGCACCAUGGGCACGAUUUCACAAGAUCAUGCCAAGUUGGACUCAGACACAAUUGCAGAUGCCAUUAGGCCGUUGGUCGAAGCAGAUCCCUCGAUAAAGGUGAAGUCUGUUAUUGCAGAAGUUCAAGGUAGGUUCAACUAUACUGUGAGUUACUGCAAGGCUUGGUUGGCAAAGCAGAAAGCUGUUGCAAAAAUUUUCGGUGAUUGGGAAGUUUCUUACCAGAUUCUGCUAGUAUGGUUGAAAGCAAUGACAGUGAAGAUGCCAAGCAUUCAGACACUGCAAGCCAUUGGUGCAGUUGAUGGCACGCACCUAUACGGAAAAUAUAAAGGAGCACUUCUGGUAGCGGUUGCACAAGAUGAAAAUCAAAACAUUGUACCUAUUGCAUUUGCAAUUGUCGAGGGCGAGACAGCAGACGCGUGGGAGUUUUUCUUAACCAAUUUGAGGAGAUAUAUUGUUACCAUUGAUGGUGUGGGUAUUAUUUUUGACCGCCAUACCUCCAUCGACACUGCAAUAGCUCGCAGUAACGGCUAUUCUAGGACGGAACAGGAGUACAACAAAAACUACCAAAGGCUUAAAGAAUGGGGUGAGGCAUAUACUCAAUGGUGCGAUGAGAUCGGUGUUGAGAGAUGA